AUGGCCACCAACACUUGUUUCUUCAAAACUUCUGCCAGCCAGCCAAAGAAGCUGGAUCGGGCUCACGCCCAAGACAAACCUAGGCAAGCCGCCCCAAAACAGGUGGCAGCCCCGACACCAAACAAAGUGGUCAAGCAACAGCUACCACGUCGACGUGAAAAAGCGUCCCUCUUCCACAAGCCUCAAAAGCGAGGCCCACUUGACAUCCUGGCACACACCAAGCUCAACGUUCUCGACACCAGCAACGAGAAACACUACGACAUUGUCAAGCCGUCCGCAAGCAUGCGGCCCCACAAGGACAUCUUCACCGUCCCAUCUGCUCGUGGACACAAGCCAAGAACCAUCACCAGAAUCAUGGCGGUCCCAAAGUUUCUCAUCGCGCCAAUAUCAAUCGACAGAACUCCCUCAAAGGCAUUGCUGGAGCUGAUUGAGCAAGGACAGGCAGAGAAGGCAGAGAGGCAGAGACAAAAGGAGAUCGACGCGCUGUUCGAGUCGGACAGUGAGAACUGA